AUGGUCCCCCUGCACUCCCUCUCCCAAAAGUCGCGCCCCCCCCCCAGUCACUCAUCCCGGCCCUCUAUUCCAGCUCUCAGCAGCCGCCCCGCCCACCAGUCCCUCUCAGACUCUCGGCCCCGCCUCCUGUUCCCGCUCUCGGCAGCCGCCCCGCCCACCAGUCCCUCUCAGACUCUCGGCCCCGCCUCCUGUUCCCGCUCUCGGCAGCCGCCCCGCCCACCAGUUCCUCUCAGACUGUCGGCCCCGCCUCCUGUUCCCGCUCUCGGCAGCCGCCCCGCCCACCAGUCCCUCUCAGACUCUCGGCCAUGCCUUCUGCUCCCUCUCAGCAGCCGCCCCGCCCACCAGUUCCUCUCAGACUCUCGGCCCCGCCCACCAGUCCCCCUCAGACUCUCGGCCCCGCCUUCUGCUCCCUCUCAGCAGCCGCCCCGCCCACCAGCCCCUCUCAGACUCUCGGCCCCGCCCACCAGUCCCUCUCAGACUCUCGGCCAUGCCUUCUGUUCCCGCUCUAGGCAGCCGCCCCGCCCACCAGCCCCUCUCAGACUCUCGGCCCCGCCCACCAGUCCCUCUCAGACUCUCGGCCAUGCCUUCUGCUCCCUCUCAGCAGCCGCCCCGCCCACCAGCCCCUCUCAGACUCUGGGCCCCGCCCACCAGUCCCUCUCAGACUCUCGGCCAUGCCUUCUGGUCCCUCUCGGCAACCGCCCCGCCCACCAGCCCCUCUCAGACUCUCGGCCCCGCCCACCAGUCCCUCUCAGACUCUCGGCCCCGCCUUCUGCUCCCUCUCGGCAGCCGCCCCGCCCACCAGCCCCUCUCAGACUCUCGGCCCCGCCCACCAGUCCCUCUCAGACUCUCGGCCAUGCCUUCUGUUCCCGCUCUAGGCAGCCGCCCCGCCCACCAGCCCCUCUCAGACUCUCGGCCCCGCCCACCAGUCCCUCUCAGACUCUCGGCCAUGCCUUCUGCUCCCUCUCAGCAGCCGCCCCGCCCACCAGCCCCUCUCAGACUCUGGGCCCCGCCCACCAGUCCCUCUCAGACUCUCGGCCAUGCCUUCUGGUCCCUCUCGGCAACCGCCCCGCCCACCAGCCCCUCUCAGACUCUCGGCCCCGCCUUCUGCUCCCUCUCGGCAGCCGCCCCGCCCACCAGCCCCUCUCAGACUCUCGGCCCCGCCCACCAGUCCCUCUCAGACUCUCGGCCAUGCCUUCUGUUCCCGCUCUAGGCAGCCGCCCCGCCCACCAGCCCCUCUCAGACUCUCGGCCCCGCCCACCAGUCCCUCUCAGACUCUCGGCCAUGCCUUCUGCUCCCUCUCAGCAGCCGCCCCGCCCACCAGCCCCUCUCAGACUCUCUGCCAUGUCCUUCACUUCCACCAGCCAUGCCACCCCGCCCCAUACUCCCCCAGCCACUUCCUCCCUGUGUCCUGCCCCAGCUCUUCUGUCCUGUUCCCUCUUGCGGGUUGCCCCGCCUCCUAAUCACUCAAGCCACUUGGCCCUGCUUUCUGUUCCCCCUUGUCCUGUCCUCUAUUCCUCCCCGCACCGAUGCCCUCAGCCACUCCGCCCAGGCCGCUGCCCCUCUCAGACUCUCGGCCCCGCCCACCAGUCCCUCUCAGACUCUCGGCCCCGCCUUCUGCUCCCUCUCAGCAGCCGCUCCGCCCACCAGUCCCUCUCAGACUCUCGGCAGCCGCCCCGCCCACCAGCCCCUCUCAGACUCUCGGCCCCGCCCACCAGUCCCUCUCAGACUCUCGGCCAUGCCUUCUGCUCCCUCUCAGCAGCCGCCCCGCCCACCAGCCCCUCUCAGACUCUGGGCCCCGCCCACCAGUCCCUCUCAGACUCUCGGCCAUGCCUUCUGUUCCCGCUCUAG